AUGCCGGAUAAGGUUUCUUUUUUUGCUCGUCUACGAUGGGUUCUUUCAUCCUACUUUCAUUUAACCGUCUUUCUUUCUUCCUUUUUUUUCUACGUUUCUUUCUUCCUUAUAUAUUCAUUAUUUUUCUUUCUUCGCUCUUUCUUGCUUAUUUGCUCUUUCUUUUCUUUUCUUUCCUUUCAUUCUUUCUUUUUUUCUUAUAUGUUCAUUAUUUUUAUUUCUUUUCUUUUUUCUUUUCUUUCCUCCUUGUUUUCUUUCUUAUAUGCUCAUUUUUUCUUUCUUUUUUCCUUUAUUUUCUUUUCUUUCUUUCUUUCUUUCUUUCUUUCUUUCUUUCUUACAUGUUCAUUAUUUUUUAUUUCUUCUUUCUUUCUUUCUUUCUUUCUCAUAUGUUCUUUAUUUUCUACUCUUAUUUCUUUAUUGCUUGCUUAUAUGUUCUUUCUUUUCUUUCUUUCUUAUAUGUUCGUUUUUUUUGUUUCUUUUCGUUUUUUGCUUCUUUUCUUUUCUUUUCUUUCUUUUCUUUCUUUCUUUCUUUCUAUCUUAUAUGUUCAUUAUUUUUAUUUUUUCACUUCUUUCUUUCUUUUUUGCUCAUAUGUUCUUUAUUUUUUCUUUCUUUUUUCUUAUAUAUUCUUCCUUAUAUAUUCUUUCUUUUCUUUUCUUUCAUUUUUUCUUUUUUAUAUGCUCACUUUUCUCUUCGCUUCUUCCUUUCUUUCCUUCUUCCUUUCUUUCUUUCUUUCUUUCUUUCUUUCUUUCUUUCUUUCUUUCUUUCUUUCGUAUAGCUUUUUUUUUUCUUUUCUUCUUUCUUUCUUGCUUUUUUUCUUCUCUUCUUUCUUUAGAAAAAUCAAACGAAUUUCUUUCUUGUCAACUCUUUCCUCUUUCUCCACCUUUCCCAUGACACCUCGUUUCUAG